AUGACGACGCCUGUAGAUCCAGUGGUGGAUGUGCUCGAGGAAGGGAAGCGCCCCUUGGACUCCUUGUUUCGCCCCAAACGGGUCGCCGUGGUGGGCGCCACCGACAAGCACGGCAGCGUGGGGCGGACCUUGCUGAAGAAUCUCAUCAGCAACCCCUUCGGGGGCGUGGUCUACCCGGUGAACCCCAAGCGCCCACACGUCCUGGGCAUUUUGGCCUUCCAAUCCAUCGCGGCCUGCCCGGGGCAGGUGGACUUGGCCAUCGUGGUGACGCCCGCGUCCACGGUGCCGUCGGUGAUCCAGGACUGUGUGGAUCAGAAGGUGAAGAAUGCCAUCAUCAUCUCUGCUGGUUUCAAAGAAGUGGGCCCUGAAGGAGAGGCGCUGGAACUGAAGGUCUCGGAGAUUGCGAAGAAGGGGAACUUGCGGAUUGUGGGGCCGAACUGUUUGGGCAUCAUUUGUCCUUCCUCGGGCUUGAACGCCUCCUUUGCCAACUUGAUGCCUCAGAAAGGCAGCGUCGCCUUUAUCAGCCAAUCGGGUGCCAUGAUCACCUCGGUCUUGGACUGGAGCGUCUCGCAGAAGGUGGGCUUUAGUGCGGUGAUCAGCAUCGGCUCCAUGUUGGAUAUGGACUUCAGCAGCAUGAUUUUCUACCUAGCGAAGGAUACAGCCACCAAGAGCAUCGUGCUCUACAUGGAGUCCAUUGGCAAUGCCAGGAAUUUCCUCUCCGCAGCGAGGGAGUGCUCCCUGACCAAGCCGAUCAUUGUCAUCAAAGGUGGUCGAACCGAUGCAGCCGCCAAAGCUGCCGCCUCCCACACUGGCAGUCUGACAGGAAGCGAUGCCGUGCUCGAUGCUGCCUUCAAGCGCGCAGGAGUCUUGCGGGUUGACAGCAUGUCAGAUCUGUUCGAGAUGGCCGACGUGCUCUCCAAGCAGCCGUUGCCCAACGGCAACCGCCUGGCCAUCCUGACGAACGCCGGUGGCCCGGGCGUGUUGGCCACCGACGCCUUGGCCAGCCACGGCGGGGCGGUGGCGGAGCUGGAGCCCAAGACGGUGGAGGCCUUGAACAAG